AGACCACCCGGCAGACCACACACACACACCAACUUCUCAGCUCAGGUCUACUGGUAUCAUCACAUAGCUUAUCGCAAAUAUCAUAUCGCGUCACCGUGUCACGGCCAGGCGUCUCUACAAAUACCGGGCCGGGCGCGGGCGGGAUGGACGACUCGCCGUCUCAGGCGGCGGCCGACCUGUCGCUGACGCUGGCGCCGGCGCCGGGGAGCGCGGGCGCGGUGGGGGGAGGGGGCGGCGGCGGUGGAGCGACAGCGUGCGUCGACGGCAAGGACGUGCGCCUCUUCCCCUGCCUCUUCUGCAACAAGAAGUUCCUCAAGUCGCAGGCGCUGGGGGGCCACCAGAACGCGCACAAGAAGGAGCGGAGCAUCGGCUGGAACCCCUACUUCUACAUGGCGCCGCAGCCGCCCAAUGCCGCGCCGCCGAGCCCCACGGGGUACGCCGGGUACGCCGGCGUCGGAACGGCGGGGGACGGGGUCGCGGGCGUGGGCGGCCUCCCCGCGCCGCACGCGUACGCCGCGGCGGGGCACGGGUACUACGCUGCCCCCGUGCCGGCGCCGUUCCCCAUCGCCUCGCACAGCUCCAGCGCCGCCGGCGGGCUGCAGUACUACGCGCCGCACGACGGCGCCGCGGCCUCGGUGUUGGCGGGCGAGGUUGGCGUGCUGGCCCCGCGCGCGCGCUUCGCCACAGACCAGCCAGCGGUCCCGGCGGCGGCCGCCGACCCGCCCGGCGCCGGGCGCGACGACCUGAUCGACAUGCUCAACUGGAGGAGGGGCUCCCACGGCCCCACCGCCUCGCCGGCCAGCACCACCACCACCCUCACCACCUCCGGCGCCGGCGCCGCCGACGGCAGCACCAGCAACAACCACGACGGCGGCGGGGAGCUCGACCUCAACCUCAGCCUCUAGCAGUCUCAACUUCUCCAGCUAGCUCGCCCCACAAGGUUAAUCGUGUACUGGCCUAUCCGUACGCUACGCGUGUCAACUUAAUUAGCUCCUAGGCACGUUAAUCUCUCUCUCUCUCUCUCUACUCUCUCGCCUCUCCCCUGUACUUAUGUUAGGACGCCUCGUCAUCUCCUGUCCUUUUUGCCAUGUCCUGAAUUGUUCAUCGUCUUCUUUUCUUUCUCUUC